CCAGCGAGCAGUAAAAGUGAUCUUACGCUAACAGUAUUAUUAGUGAGUUAAAAAAGACACCUUUGAAAUCUUUGUUGUAAAUCGUCAAAAGUUACCAAAAUCAUGAAAUCUACGAUGCUUGUAUCAGUAUUACUGGCCUUUCUAUUGGUCCAAAACUCUCACUCGAAAAACCUACCGCUAGACGAAGUGGACGACAUGUCCAACGAGUUGACGCCCAGCUUUUUCCCAAACUACUAUGACGCCCCUAAAAGGACGACGCCCGAGUGGGUGAAAAUCCGACAAGCGCCAGAACCGGUGGUGUUCAAAUCUUACGGUUCCAAAGUUGAAUUGGAAUGCACCGCCAUGGGAUCACCGCCUCCUACCAUACAGUGGUACAAACAUAACACCAAGUUAACAGAAAACGAUCUGGAAUUCAACCAUAUAGAGGCUCACCCAGAUAGUCUAGCCAAAGUUACUUCAAAACUAGUAAUAAAUUAUUUAUUGCCACGUCACGAGGAUAUGUACAGAUGCGUAGCUACCAGUGGUAAAGAAGAAGCUUCAGCAUUAACAAAAGUGAUCGUGGAAAAUACAAUGAAUCAACGUGACCUAAACUUCACUCAACUUUUGCAACACAAAAUUUUGGGAGGUUUUCAUCAACCCAAAAUCACUUACUUCUACACCGUCAAUUUGGAUGCCAUAAGCUGGGACACGGUGUUGCCGUGCAGAACCGUGGGGAACCCCAAGCCGAGUUUGAUGUGGUUGGACCCCUUAAUGAACGAGGUGCCGCGUGACGAGAGUCAGCGCGUUCACGUGCUACGUAACGGAGAUUUAAAAAUCACGAACAUCGAAUGGAACGACAUGGGAAAUUACGUUUGCGUAGUCAAAAAUAAACUGGGCGAGGAUCGGAUUGAGACGUUCGUCUAUCCAAUGGCAAGCACAAAUUAACAAAGGUACACUCGAGGCUCACGUUUAUUGAGAACAAAAUUCUAGUCAAAUUCUGUCUUAUGUAAGGUUUUUUAUUUAUAUUAUUAUUAGUAUUUAUUUUUUUAUGUAUG